GUGAUGUAGUAACUUUAAUUCUAUUCAUUGUAUCGAUUUCUUUUUUUUUUCUUACAACAUACAAUGGAUAUAAAUAUAUAUAUAUAUAUAACUGGUUAAAGUAUGUUCAGUCUAUUUACGAUAAGUAUCAUGUUGAUUUUGAUUCCGUGCUUUGGAUAGAUUAUUUGGCGAAGUGUACAUGUAAAAGAUUUAUUGUUUGUAGGUUGGACACCUAUCAUAGUUACAAUGCUUAUUUUAAGUUUAGCAGGAAUCCUAUUACAAGCUAAUGUUGAACACUAUAAAGGAGUAGUAUUAUUAAUACCUGUUUUAACUGAGUUAGCAGGUUAUCUUGAUUCUAUUUGUACACCUCAUAUGAGUAUUUAUCUUCUUCAUACAGAAACAAUUGAAAAUUAUCGAGUAAUUGAAUAUAUAAUGUUAGCAAAGAAUAUUCCUGUUCAAAUUGUACUUGAAGCUAUUAUUUGGGGGGAAUCAAUAUAGGAGAAUUAAAUCACCAUGUUUGGUUCUUUUUAACCUGCUUUAUUGUAUUCAUUUCUUUAUCAUAAUUAGACUUGGAUUUGCCUUAAAAUUGAAAUGAUGUUACUUUAGUAUUUUG